AUGGCAGCGCGGAAGCGGAAGGCGCGGGCGAUGGCGGCGGGCGGCGCGGCGCUGUGGCGGCGGCUCUCGGCCUGGCUGCCGCGGGGCCGCCUCGGCCUGGCCGCGCUGCUCGGCCGCCUCUCCGAUCGCCUCUCUCGCGGUCGCGACCGCCGCGCCCGCAGGUCAUCAUGGCUCCUUCUAGCCCCACUACUCACCCCUCCUGUUCCAGUAAUCACUGCCCCACCGUGUUCCCUCUGUCCAGAAGGAGCACACAGGUUCCAGUGGAUCAGGAAUCUGGUCCCAGAGUUUGGGAUCUCCAGCUCGCAUGUCAAGGUGCUUUCAUCCCCGGCGGAAUUCUAUGAACUCCUGAAGGUGCAGAUAAAAGCAGCCAAGCAGCGGGUGGUGAUGGCCUCAUUGUACCUGGGAACAGGACUCCUUGAGCAGGAGCUGGUGUAUUGCUUAGAAGAAACACUGGAGAAAUCACUGCAAGCAAAAAGCUCACCUGACCUCAGAGUUUCCAUUCUCCUCGACUACACCAGGGGCUCCCGGGGCAGGAAGAAUUCUCGAACAAUGCUGAUCCCAUUGCUGCAGCGAUUUCCCGAGCAAGUCCGCGUGUCCCUCUUCCACACUCCAAACCUGCGUGGACUUCUGCGGCUCCUGAUCCCAGAGCGUUUCAAUGAGACCAUUGGGCUGCAGCACAUCAAGGUCUAUCUCUUUGAUGACAAUGUGAUCCUGAGCGGUGCAAACCUGAGUGAUCUGUACUUCACCAAUCGUCAGGACCGCUAUGUCUUGCUGCGGGACUCUCCCGAGAUCGCAGACUUCUUCACAGAGCUUGUGGACGCGAUUGGAGAUGUGUCCCUGCAGCUACGGCAGGAUGACACAGUCCAGAUGAUGGAGGGAAUGGUACACCCAUACCAAGGGGACAAAGUGGCUUACUGUGAGAUUGCCAACCGGAGGGUUAUGGAGGUCAUCAACUCUGCCCGGACACGGCAGGAGCUCCUUCAUGCAAAGACUUUCCACAGCAGCCAGCCAGGCAGCUCCCUCCUAUCCCAGCAAGGCUCUCAAGCAUCUGGGAACCUGAAACCAGAACCCGACACCUGGAUCUAUCCCUUAAUCCAAAUGAAACCUUUUGGGAUUCAAAUAGAUGAGAUGGUCACAGAGACACUGCUGACGGAGGCUGAGCGGGAUGCCAGGAUAUACCUCACCACUGGCUACUUCAACUUGACACAGGCCUACAUGGACCUCAUCCUGGGCACAAGGGCUGAGUACCGGAUCCUCCUGGCCUCACCAGAGGUCAAUGGGUUUUUUGGUGCCAAAGGGGUGGCAGGUGCCAUCCCUGCUGCCUACGUUUACAUUGAACAUCAGUUUUACAGUGAGGUGUGCUACCUGCAGCAGCAGGAGAGGGUGCAGCUGCAGGAGUACUGCCGUGCUGGGUGGACGUUCCAUGCCAAAGGCCUCUGGCUGUACCUGGCAGGGAGUGACCUGCCCUGCCUGACCCUGAUUGGCUCUCCAAAUUUUGGAUAUCGAUCAGUUCAUCGUGACUUGGAAGCUCAGGUUGCCAUAGUGACAGAAAAUAAAACCUUGCAGCAGCAGCUCCAUCAGGAGCAAGAGCAGCUUUACCUCUGCUCAGGUGUGGUCUCAACAUCAACGUUUGAGCAGCCAAAUCGUUAUGUGAAACUGUGGGUGAAGCUGGUCACACCUCUGAUCAAGAAUUUCUUUUGAAAGAAGAAAAGUUGCUGCUUUGGGUUGAAGGUCCAGACGUAGGUGGGCCCUCGCAUCCGUGUCUUGUAGACGGGACAUUCGUAGACGUUGGUGGUGUCCAUGCGGUCCACGGGGACGGCUCUGAGCAGGAUGACCGGCAUCUCCGGCGUCAGCUCCUUCAUCCGCGCGUCCGCCAUCGACCCCGAGGGCACGUCCCAGCGCGCACCUGCAACGGCACCGGGCGCCUCGCUGCCCUUCAGAACUGCUGAUGGCUGUGAGCUCAAAGGACAAGGCUGGGUAGAACGGUGGUUAGGUCUGUUCUCAUCUCACUGUGACCCAGGACUGCAUUUGCCUUACUGUGUGUGGGAUGUCUGAAUAAAUUCUGUCCCCACCCCUCCCUUCA